AUGGUCAUGGAGGCGAAGCUACCUAAUUUGCCAAAGAAGGCUGGUGGUCGGUAUGAUUAUGAUGCCCAAUUCAACGACUGUGAUGUUCGUAACGGUAUCGUGACAUGCGCGGCGCUCUCCCUUGAUGGUCACCAUGUAGCUCUUGGUUUUGGUAGCGGUGUCAUCGAGCUUGCCGAUAUCGACCAUCAGUGCACAAUUUCCCGAUUCGAGCUUGAUCCACCCAACCAUCCAAUCUGGAUCGAAUUUGUCCAUGGCAGCCACCAAGUUGCCGCCGAGGACAAUAAGGGGAAUGUCACCAUCCUUGGCCACGAUAUGGCACCCGUUAAUAUCGGUACUCUUCCCAACAAUCCUCUUCCUGCUGUAACUCGAGUAUCAGAUAAUGGGUUAUUUAUCAUACGGGUUCCACGGAACACUGAUAGCUCUUGGUACGACAGCAUGACUCUCAUAUCAAUGUCGGGUGACCCGCACAUGCAGCACCUUGCACCCCCUACUUCCAAUAGUUUCACUCCAACAUCCAAUCCUCCUAUCUUAGCCUCCGGGUCUUCUCUUUUGUCCUCUGCAUCCAUCAAAUCUGACCCAGAUGGCCCAGAUGACCCAGAUGACCUUGUGCUCGCUACUCCUCACCGUCGCACGCUUGGGUUUUCUCCAGGAGCACAUUAUAUCGGCGCUUUCGAUGGCCUCAGCGCUUUCACCUGGUCGACGGGUUCGGGUGAGCUCAUUGCGAGUUAUUGUGUGACAGAUAUCAAGUUUUGGAUCAUGAAUCCUGCUGUUCCCCUCGCCCGCUCUUAUCGCAUCCCUGAUCCUGUAUUCACUCAGCCUACCCUUUCCUUGACAGAAGGUGAAGUAGCAGAUAUACAUCAUUCCAAAACACACGCAGGGCAUAACUUGGACGAAUCCUGGAUCAAGUGCCCAUUUUAUGUUCUCUUGCAAAAGGAGGACGAGCGGCAGGACUGGCGGCAGAGAUUUGGCAUCCAUUCGUCUGCUGCAGGCAGAACCCCACUGUUCGGAACUACUCUGCACCCCACUGGCCUACCACUGUACUUCGAUGGCAAAUUUGAAUUCCUUAUUCCCAAGGAAUAUUACCCAGUUUUCUUUUCUGGUGCCGAACGUCUAGGCGCUUCGUAUGGUGAUAAAGUGCCAUCUGAUCCUACCCGUCUGUACAGCCCUCGGUCCAGCAAAGAUGGGACUCGAAUUCUCUUGCAAGGCCGACAGACAGCUCCAAUUGUUGUUGAUCUUAGUCAAGUCCUUUAGGAUGUUUGUGGUCAAUUGCAAUAUCUUCUUAUUUACCUUCCGCGUUCUAUCCACUAUCAGAGGGGGAAUGGCGAAGUUUCGCUAGGCCGCCCUUCCAUCUUUCUGGACUUCCCUCAGACGAGGUUCCCUUUCCCUAUGGUGCAGUGUGUAUAUAUACGGGCUCGGAGACUUCAACGGAUCUAUGACCAUUCCUUCCUUGCACUGUCGUUUAGUCCCGGGUCGGACAACAUGAAUGCUCGCCAGCGUUUAUGACCACAGACUUUUUGCUUUUGCGCUUUUCAUAGUUCCUUGAUUCGCUUUUCACUCCGCAUCAGAAGAAUGAAGGUAUAUAUCUAUCUGUUCAUUUGAGCCAACCUGCACCGCUAAAAGGCUUGGCCGAAACGGAUCACUUUGAACGUAUUAAAAAAAUCGGCAUUUCUUUUGCCAAUUUCCACCGUUUCACCCGGUGUUCAUCCAUAAUGUGACAAAGAACCA